GGACUCUGCACAGAGCUGGGAUAAGCCAUGGAAAGAUGGCUGUUGCUGGGAGAAAGGGGGAUUGAGGGAUUAUUGCUACAAGAGGCAAAAAGCCUGCUAGAGCCUGAAAUCAAUUUGCUCCCUGCUGGGGAGAGCAAAAUGGGUCCUCUUUCCUGCAAAUCCUGAUCUGGCUCAUAAGGAGGGGCUGGGAAUGGUGUUGUCAACAACCAGCAAACCGCCUGCCCAGCACUGAUGGAACACAGGGGCACAGGAGAAGAGGAGAGUGUGGGACUCUGUGGGCAAGGGGGAUACCAUGCAUCAGCAGUGUCCCUGGUUCCUGCAACUGCCAUUUCCCAUCAGGGCAAGCAAUGCCCAGGCUAGACACGGCUCUGCUUGCUGCUCUGGGACAGUGCCAGCCCACAGCAGUCCUGCACUCUCUUUGGCAUUGCUUCCCUCUGGCUCUCACACAGCCUUCUGCAUGCAGCCUGUGCUGCAGAGUGGGAGACACCAACAGCAACCCUGUUGGACUGGGAACUCCUGUGAGUGCUGGGUGUCCUCAGCCUAUCUCUCCUCCCUGUGCCUGGGUGUCAUCCCCCAGCCCUGCAGCACCAGAGCUAAGCAGAGCACAGUUAUUUCUGUACCUCAGCAUGCAGACAGUAGCCACAAAGUAAAGAUGCAGGAUGCAGCUCCAGAGCAGGGUCAUGGCUGCUUCUCCUUCCCCCCUGGGGCUGGGCUUGUACUCUCAGCACAUCUCUCAGUAUCGGGUGCGGCACGCGGUCAAACCACAGGUUGCAGAGCUCAAAGACACCGACGGCUCUGGAGCCUCUGAGAGAGGAGGGGAGAGGUCCUGCUGUGCAAUGGAGGAGGUGAGAGGCUGUGGAGAGAGGAGUUCACAGAGUCUGGUGGGCAUAUCACUCUCUGGCUCUUGCUUUUGCUUUUAAACUUUCUCUUGUGAUCCUUGUGGGCUGGGGGGACUGUAAGGGACAAGCAGGGCAGCACUUGGUGCUCCAAGUCCCCAGGAGCUGGGGAGCUGCUGGGGACAGAUUCUGCCUGGAAUCAGUGUCAAACCUAGAUGCACAAGUGGGCACUGGAAAGGUCCUUUUGCACCCACAGAACCUGGGGCCACUGGCACCAAGAUUGGGGUUGGCUGCACAGGGUCACCUGCAAGGGGACACUGUGGACUGUGUGUGGAGUCGAGUGUGAGCCCCUGGGAGCCCUGUGGGACCACUCAGAGCAGCCCCAUGGAGUCAGAGCUGGUUCGUGGAUGUGGGAUCCGAUCAGAGACAUUGGGGCUGGGGUGACAUUGCUCCACUAGCACUGUGCUGCAGCAGGGAGUGUGGGAAGGUCUUGUUUGCUCUCGCAAUGACUGAGCUAGGUGAAUCUGCCACUGCUCUGAGUGGGUGUGAGAUGGAAACUGAGCCACCCUCAGGGCUCCCCACAGUGGGGCUGUUUGGUGGGGCUGGGCGGGGGCUGCGCACUGCACUGGGGCAGCGGGCAGCGGGCACCCCUGGUUAGAGCAUCUCUCCCAUUGAGACAAACGGAGAGAGUGGCGGGUGCUCAGCCUGGAGAGAGUGACCUAUGGAGACCAUGGAGCAGCCCUGCAGUGCUUGCAGGGGGCUCACUGGAAAGGAGAGUGACUUUUUACACGAUCUGAUAGUGACAGAACAAGAGAGAAUGGUUUUAAACUAAAAGAGAGUGAGGGCAGUGGGGCUGAGGGGGCUGUAAGGUCCCUUCCAAAUCAGUUUGGCUGUGAUCCCUCGAUCCUGAUCCCUCUGUGCAGGCAAACCCCACCCCCAUGGUGAUGACGGCCACCACCGACUUCUACACCUGGGAGUACAGCGUCUCGUGGGAUGACGGCACGCUGCCUGAGCUGUGUGAGAAGCAGGCAGUGCAGGGCUUUGCCCGCACCUACCAGCCAGCCAUCUAUCUGCUGCUCUCGCUGCUGGGCACGGUGGGCAAUGGGCUGGUGCUGCUCACGCACACCCGCUACCGCCGGGCACGCAGCAUCACCGAUGUCUGCCUGCUGCACCUGGCCCUAUCUGACCUCCUUCUGCUGCUGACGCUGCCCUUUGCCGUCACUGUGAUGCUGCAGGGCUGGUCCCCAGACACAGCUGCCUGCAAGGUGCUGCAAGGCGUUUAUGCCCUCAACUUCUACAGCGGCUUCCUCUUCCUCACCUGCAUCAGCAUGGACCGCUACGUGGCCAUUGUGCGGGUGCCAGCCGCGUGCCGCCUGCGCCCGCGGGCUCGUCGCCAUGGCUGGCUGACGGUGGGCCUGGCCUGGCUGCUGGCUGCGCUGCUGGCACUGCCGCAGUUCGUCUACGGCAAAGCAGAACGGCACCAGGACCUCCACAUUUGCCGUGUUGUUUUCCCCCCGGCAGUGUCACGGGCAGCACGGGGAGCCACCAACCUCACGCAGGUCGUGCUGGGCUUUGCCGUGCCCUUUGUGGUGAUGGCAAGCUGCUACACAGCCGUGGCUCGGACGCUGCUGGCGGCUCGUGGCGCUCAGCCCCACCGGGCGCUGAGGGUGCUGCUGGCCCUUGUGCUGGUGUUUGUGGCCCUGCAGCUGCCCUACAGCUUGAUGGUGCUGCUGGACACAGCCGAGCUGCUGGCCAGCUGGGAGCUGAGCUGUGCCCAGAGCCGCCGUAAGGACCUGGCGCUGCUGGUCACCAGCGGGCUGGCAUCCCUGCGCUGCUGCCUCAACCCACUGCUCUAUGCCUUCCUGGGCCAGCGCUUCCGCCGUGAGCUGUGGCUGCUGGCCAGCGAUGCUGGCUGUGUGGGGAACAUCGACCCGCGCUGCCCCGGCUGCCCCAGUCCUCGUCAGCGCUCAUCACUCUCCACCUGCCAAGAUGUGGCAUAGGAAUGUAGUGCUGUGCCCAGGGCAGGCGCCAGCACCCGCGGGACUCAGAACCCCCCCAGGGAAAGCCUGAAUGGCCCCAGGAGUCCCUGGAGCUACUGAUAGGGGCAGGACGGACAGACUGUGUCCUGGGCAGAUGGAGACAACGCCUCGCGUGCAGAGCCAAAUGCCAGCACCGGAGAAACGUCCCCAGCUGCAGGGAAACCAUGCAAUGCCACACGUGGCUGGGGGGGCGCAUGCCACGAAGGCUCUGUGCAGUGCCAUGCGUGCCCCAGUAGGACCGUGCACUGCCGUGUAUGUGUGUGAGUGGGACUGUGCAUUGCCGCAGGGCAGCGCCUUCCACCUUCGUUUCCACUCUUGCAAUAAACCCUGCUCGAACUUCGCUAUGUGAGGCCACAUCCCUGCGAGGCCGGGGCUCUCCGGGGUGGAGGAGCAGAAGCUGCCGUGGGUACCGAGGCCGAUAUCGGCAAGCGGGGGAAGCGCCCCAGCAGUGGCCGGUGGAUGCCUGCAGGAGGCAGCAGAACCCAGCGUUUCCCGUCCUGCCCGUGCGCACAACGCUGCAGGGCCUGACCGCGUCUGCCCGAGCCGGGGGCACCCGCGGGGUUGGGACCCUCAGUCACGGGAUGGGAACGGCCUAGCCGCGCUCCAGCAGAAGCAGUGGAUGUCACAGCCUCCACCAUCAGCAGCAGGGCAGAGGCGGUGGCAGAGCCCACCGACCCACACUGAGGCUGUAGGGGGCGGAAAACCCCCCGGGGCCCGCAGUGUGAUCCUCGGGAAAAUCCUACUCUGGCUCAGGCUGGAAACCCCCCCCCAGGGAGAUAGGCAAGAGGGGUUUUCCUCUCCCUUCCUCUCCUCUCAUUUCCCCAUGAGAUUUGGCCCCAGCACGUCCAUCCCAGUGGCUCCAAGGGUUGAUGCUCCUGUUGACCUCGGCCUCCCACCGGGGCUGAGCAAUGCCAGCACAGAGCUGAGCGGCAGAGUGCCCAGAGCAGCAAUUCCAGGGGCUGCAGGGGCAGUUCAAGCUUCCCUGCGGGGGGGCGGUUCUGAGCCUUGGGUCGGUUCCCUCUGGCUCUUACACCGAGGGUUUCUGCUGUGUGUGGGGUGAUGCUUCCCCAUCUCUCGGUUUGGAGACCUCUUCCUGCUCACGCACACGCUCUGGGAUCAGCCCAGCUCAUACUGGGAAGCUUAGACCCUUCGCCUACUUCUGGGCAGGAAACGCAAUUACCGCUGACUCAGCACCGUAGGGCCCCCAUCCCCUCGCAGCCCCCAUUCUGCUGCACCGACCCCGUGCCGCGCGCACUCCCAGCUCCCUGCCCAGCUUCGGGCUGCCCCACGGCCGCGCCGUAUCUCCCCGCAC